AGCAUAGCAUAGCAUAGCAUAGCAUAAUGCUAAAUGAAUGAAAUGGAGGUAAAUGAAAUAAAGAAAUGAAAGCGAAUCAUCUGAAGGGAAAAUGGAGGUGAAGGAGCUGUCGGCGUUUAGAAAACAGUGGAAGCAGGAAUUAGAGAGACGGAGCGACAGAGAACAGAACAGCGGGGCGGCAUCAGCGGCUCCCAGCGGCUCCACACGGACUGAAGAUGAGACUGAACACAGAACCACAGACGGAGGAUCUGAUGAAGUUCAGGGUCAGAAGAUCAGAGCCGGUCAGCCGCAGUAUGUGUCCAUAGCAGAGGGGCUGCUGGACGGCAGGAGUAGUCCACUGCUGGCUCGGAUGGAGGAGGAGAGGAGGAGGAGGAAGAGGAGAUAUGGAGCAGAUGAUCAGCACAAUCAGACUCGGUUCAGAUCCAACCCCAAAGCCACUCUUAUAGAUCAGUUCAUCCACGAUCUGAAUGAGAUUAACGACAUUCCCUUCUUUGAUGUGGAGUUGCCCUAUGAACUGGCACUAAAGAUUUUCCAGUUCUUAAGCAAAGUCGAUCUGGGACGAUGUGCUCAAGUGAGUCAGGCGUGGAGAGUGUUAGCAGAGGACGAGGUGCUGUGGUACAGGUUGUGCUUGGAGGAGGGGUACUGCAGUGGGGCAAGUGUCUCUGACUCCCCCUGCUGGAAGAGCACGCUGAGAGACUGCUGUAACAAUGAGAAAAAUGUCAAGUACAACUGGAAGAAUCGAGUUGGGUCUAUCAGCAACUUGCAGUAUGAAAUAGGAAAAGUCUUAUGUGAUGCCAGCUCGUGUGAUGGACUCGUCAUUGCUGGGUACACCUCAGGUGAUGUGAGGCUCUGGAACACUCUGGACUGGGAUUCUGGGGCUUUAAAUCUGCAGCCACCUCACGGCGUCAGAUCCGAGACGCCGCCACCUCACGUCGGCCUGGUCCGGGUCGCCGGCUCCGUGGCCUGUGCGGCGUAUGAAAAUGGGUGUGUGUCUGUCUGGAGCACCGAGUCCGUUCUUGAGCCCGUCCAUCACUAUCGGCACCUUCAGCAGGUGCGUUCCCUCGACCUGAGAGCCGAUGGUCCAGUUCUGACCUCUGCGUCCGGAUUAGAGGUGCGCAUCGAGGCCCCUGAUGACCGGGGCUACUGGAGGACAACGUGCCUUAAGAAUCUGGCUAAACCUGUGGACGGUGUGUUAAUAGUGCCAGGGAAGCGGGAGACCACGUUGGUCGCAGCGUGGGCGGCUGAGAGUGUUUAUCUGUUGGAUCCGACUAGGACAGAAGAGGAAGAAGAGCAGGAGGACCGAGGUGCCAGGUUACUUCACUCUGUAUAUGGUCACCCGGUCACCUGCAUGGACGUGACAACGUGUCGGGCUGCUGUUGGGGUAAAGAGCUGCGGCUGGGGCAUGAACGACGGGGGGAAUAAGGUUCGAGUGUACAGCCUGGAGACUGGCCAGUCUGAGCUGGUGUUGGGGAACUCUGCAGGAGACUUCACAUGUAUCAAUCUGAGAGAUUCCCCCCCACACCUGCUGGUGUGUGGGAACAAGGACAGACGGGUUCGAGUGUUUGACCUGCGCUCUGGCUCCUCUGUGGUCUCACUGUACGCCCAUUACCUGGGGGUGACCACGGUGCAGGCGGACGAGUGGAAGAUUGUGAGCGGUGGUGGUGAAGGAUUAGUGUGUGUCUGGGAAAUGAGAAUGGGGACGAAACUCUGGGAGAUGCACAACAGGCACCCUGUUCGUCAUGUACGGUUUGACAGCAGCACCCUGGUGACGGCCAACAUCCCUGAUGAAAAGAACCCACGUGGAGCCUGCAUCACUGAUGAUGAUCUCACUGCUCACCGCAGACACCGGGGGGCUAUCUGCUACUACGAUUUCUCCACGGGUUCCUCCACACAGGACCACGUGCUGCCCAUCUGCAGGUCCGACUACACCGAGACCAGCGGCUAUAACUACAACAUCGGCCUGGCCAUGCCUUACGACAAGCUCGCUGACCCUCAGAGCUCUGGCCUGUGAACCUAAAUGCACCUGUAAAUGGACACUGAGACCCGGUGGGGGUUUCUGAUGUGUUUAGCAGCUACUUCUGUGUGAAGAGGACAAGUCAUGCUUUACUAUCAUAUAGUGUUAGAAAAUAGUGCGUAAGGCCAGAGCUUUUAAAAAUAAAAGAGACCUUAUUUUCCAUCAGACUGUUUGUACAAAACAACUGUAACCUGGACCAACAACAUUACUGUUUGUAUCAACACAGAGAAAAAGAGCCGGUUUGUUUAACCAGUAAAUCCUGAACCUUUUUCUGUAUGUUAUGGACACGGUGAUGUAAUUGGUCCAGUUUUCUUUGGCUGAUUCUGGCAAACAGAUAAAAAAAAAAAAAAGAAAACAUCGGAAGCCCCAUUCACACCAUAUAUAAAUAUCAGGUCAAUAUAGACACUUUUGAGAUGAAAAACAAUCAAACAAUUUUUAAGGUUCUUUCGACUUCCUAACGCCGUUUUAGGUGAGAGAAAUGGGCUUCCAUAAAGAAGACAUAAACCCUAAGCAGGAUUUCAAACUGCUUUUAAGAUUUAUUUUAUGCUAACUGGACUUUAUAAGGUAUUAUAGACCUUUGUAGGAUGAAAAGAACUGAAUCUAACUACUGUAUUAUUUUAUAUAUGUAAUUAUACUGUAUAUAGGUACAAUCUUAAAUUCUCAGUAGUUUGUUUAUUACCUGCACUACAUAAAAUCUGUUAUUUGGUAACAAUGGUGAUACCCAAAACACA